AUGUAGACAAAACGUAAAAAAGCAACUUCAGUUACUAUUGAAACUUUAAACGAAACGUAUAUUACAAAUUGUAAAAUGUCUUUUCAUUCAGUACAAUCAUUUUCAUUGUUGAUACGACAGUGUAUUCUUAACAGUGGUCAUCGUUUUUCAACAUCAUCAUCUGCAAAAAAAACAAUGCCGUGUCCAUUUUUAGCUCGAUUGUCACCCAACUAUAUUCGAAAUUAUGGAGCAUCAGUGAUGAUGAAUUUUCCCCAACAUUGUCCAGUGAUGUCGCGAAUGGUUAGUUCAACAUCUGAAAAUGCUCAGAUACCGGAAAAAAUUGGCAAUAAAUGUCCAUUUCUUUCAAACGAGCCUAAAGUUAUAAAAGAAGCUAAUCCAGCAAUGGAGGAGGAUAUUAUUAAUGUUGUAUCAUCACAAACGGAGGAUAAUAAUUUUCAAUAUGAAAAAUUCUUUCAUGAACAAAUAAUGAGAAAGAAAAAGGAUCACUCUUACAGAAUUUUCAAGAAGGUAAAUCGUCUAGCUCAGGAAUUUCCAAGUGCCAUGGAGUAUUCAUGGGGCGAGAAACCAAUCACCGUUUGGUGUUCAAACGAUUAUUUAGGAAUGUCACGUCAUCCGGCUGUUAUUAAUUCAGUGAGACAAGCACUUGAUAAAUUUGGCGCUGGCGCUGGUGGUACGCGUAAUAUCUCGGGUAAUUCAAUGGGUCAUGAAAUGCUUGAAAAAAGAUUAGCACAAUUACAUAAAAAAGAAGCAGGCCUAUUAUUUACAUCAUGCUAUGUUGCAAAUGAUUCAACAUUAUUUACAUUAGCAAAAAGUCUUCCUAAUUGUCAUAUAUUUUCUGAUUCCGGUAAUCAUGCAUCAAUGAUACAGGGAAUAAAAAAUAGUGGUGUUAAAAAAUUUAUAUUUCGUCACAAUGAUAUUCAACAUCUUGAGGAAUUAUUAUCAAAAAUUGAUAAAAAUAUACCAAAAAUUGUUGCAUUUGAAACUGUACAUUCCAUGACGGGUGAUAUAUGUCCAUUGGAAAAAUUAUGUGACAUUGCUCAUAAAUAUGGGGCCUUAACAUUUGUCGAUGAGGUACAUGCAGUGGGUCUUUAUGGUUAUUCAGGAGCUGGUGUUGGUGAACGUGAUUGGGUACUUGAUAAAAUGGAUAUUAUCUCAGGAACAUUGGGUAAAGCAUUUGGCAAUGUUGGUGGUUAUAUUGUUGGUACUGAGAAAUUAAUUGAUAUGAUAAGAAGCUAUGCUGCGGGUUUUAUUUUCACUACAUCAUUACCACCAACUGUAUUGUAUGGUGCAUUAACUUCUGUGGAAAUUUUAGCAUCGGAUGAGGGACGAACAUUGAGAUCGGCUCAUCAGGCAAAUGUUGCUUAUAUGAAAUCAAAUCUUAAUUCCGCUGGCCUUCCAUUGGAACCAUCGUCUUCUCACAUUAUUCCAAUUAAAAUUGGAGAUCCACUUUUGUGCUCGCAAAUUGCCGAUGCAUUGAUACGAGAAAAGGGACAUUAUGUACAGGCAAUAAAUUAUCCAACUGUUGCCAAGGGAGAAGAAAAAUUGCGACUUGCGCCAACACCAAAGCAUACAAAUUUGAUGAUGGAUAAAUUUGUCGAAGACACAUUGGACGUAUUUCAACGGUUUAAUAUUCCCAAAGUCGAUAUAAAGACCCAUGAAACACCACGUGCAAUUCGUGUACAUUGACGAAUGUGAACAUAAAUUCAAAUCUCUGAAAAUUUGUUUUCUUUUUUUCAAAUAAUUAUUUACUAAUGUAAUAAGAGUCUAUUUCAAUGUAAAACCGAAUUUGUUGUUCAGAGAGAGAGAUAUAUAUAUUUAAAAAAAUCAAUGUUACAUCAAAAUAUUCUGUGAAUAAUAUUGAAUUCUAACUUU